AUGAGUGAUCUUGAGUGUGCUAUUUGUUUUGAAGAGUUUAAGGAGGAUAGAUGUGCCUUAAAUCCCUGUCAUCAUACUUUCCAUUUGGAAUGUAUUAGGAUAUGGCAUUCUUAUGCUGAUGAUUUAAAAUGUCCAACCUGUCGAACAGAAUCAGAGACUAUAACACUUGGUUUUGAAGGUGUUUCUGAUGGUUAUGGGGUUAUUAUCAAUUUACGUGAUGGAUUUUAUGUGAGGAAGCUACAAGAAUUUAGCGAGAUGACUAGUGUAGGUCAAACUCCCCAGAUUAUUACUGAUUUUAAUAUUAAUCAAGAAGUGGAAGAAGAAGAAGAUAAUGACGACAACGAAGAUUCUGGUGAUGAUCAUCGACUUAAGGAUGAGGGAUCAGGGGUCGAUGUUCUUGUGAAUGAAAUGGGAGAGCUGUCUAUUACUGAAAAUACUGUACGAGUGCCAUCAACGACAAGAAUCUUACAAUGCAAUAUUUGUGGAGAGAUUGAUGAAUCAAUAAACGAGUGUUGCGAUGAUUGUAAUACGUUAUAUCAUGAUCACUGUCUCCGAUCAUUGGCAAUUGAAAUAUUCCAACCACAGAGUUGGGAAUUAUGUGUUCAAUGUAAUAAAAAAUUAGGGAAAUUUAAUAUGCCAGGAGAAGAUGUAAGAACUUUCAAUCCAGAUAGUUCAAAAAUAGUUAAUGGAAGACUAAGAGAUAAGAAUAGUUUGGCUACAGAAAGGAUAUACCACAAUAUGCAUCUAGAUGAAUUCGAAACUUUAAGAACAGUGAAGUAUAAGAUACAGGAACAUGUUCGAAAUGUGUUGAAUGACUUUAAAAAAAGGGCUAAGAAUAAAGGCAUUUCAAUAAGCACAGCAGAUUUUAUAUUUGUUAACAAGUUUGUCUCACGGAAUCUAUAUCAAAUAUCAGAAUAUAAAUAUAAAGCAAAUGAAAUAGAUUAUGAUGGAGAAGCAAAGAAACAGGUAUUGCAUCAACUUAUUUUAUUGGGUUAUACCAACAUUUGA